AGAACGAACUGGACGCUGGCAGCAGCUUGACUGAAGGUGACACACUCGACCACGGUCGACGAGUUGCCCAACCCAGCCGCGCGGGCGCUGCAUCUCUGCCGUCGAGACAUCAUGGGAUGCAAUAACUCCAAGGAAGAAGACGUCCAGAACCCUCGCAUGCAGCCCGUGAGGGCGUCGGGGCUCGAUCACAUGCCCGACGACCUCGCGUCCGACCUUGUGCAACACACCAUCGUCAAGGACAUUUCAGACACGUUCGAGUUCCUCGACGUGAUCGGGGAAGGAUCGUUUGGAAGCGUGAUGAAGGCGACGAACAAGAAAACCAACAAGACGUGGGCUGUCAAGGUCGUGGAGCUCAACAACGAACUCGACAAGAAAGCGCUCCUGAACGAAAUCGGGAUCGUCAAGCGUCUCCAGCACCCCAACAUUGUCCGCGUGAUUGCGUCGUACGAAGACUCGAAACGCAUGUACAUGGUGAUGCAACUGCUGCCGGGGGCCGAACUCUUUACGCACUUGCAUGUGCGGGGUCGACAGUUCAACGAGGCCGAAGUCCGCAAGUUGAUUCUGUGCCUCUUGCGCGCCGUGUCGUACCUGCAUUCGAAUCAAAUCACGCACCGCGACUUGAAGCUGGAAAACCUUCUCCUGGAGAACGAGAACCAGCCGACGUCGCUCAAGCUGAUCGAUUUCGGGCUGAGUAAGUUUGUGAAAAAGGGCGAACGCAUGCAGCAGUCCCUUGGCACGAUCGACUACGUGGCUCCAGAAGUCCUCGACGGCGACUACAAUGAAAAAUGCGAUCUGUGGAGCGUGGGGGUGAUCUGCUACGAGCUUGUGACGCGGGUGUCGCCGUUCCACGGCGAAACAAACGACGACACGAUGCACAAGAUCUUUGACGGAAUCAAGCCGUCGUUUUUCCACGGUGAGGUGUGGCAGACAGUGUCACCCGACUGCAUCCACUUUAUCAAGUCGCUGAUUCAGGAAGACCCGUCCGAGCGUCUGUCGGCUGAGCAAGCUCUCAACCACCGCUGGAUUCGGACGUCGGCGACCGGCGUUAUCGACGACAACAAGCGCCAACUGUUCAUGAAAAUGGUCUCAUUUGGCAAGAACUGUAGCCAACUCAAGAGCACGGCCAUGCUGAGCGUCGCGAUGGGUGUCAGCGAAGAGCACAUCAAGCCCGAGAUUGUGUCGGAGGUCUUUCACAGCAUGGACAAGGACAAGGACGGGACCCUCAACGCGGACGAGUUUUGUGAGGCCCUCGAGGAGUACGGGAUCGGCCACGAUGAAGCGCUCGGGGUGUUUUCCCGCAUGGAUCAGAGCAAACGCGGCAAAAUCAACUACAUUGAGUUUGUCGCGGCCGUCCUGGACGAGUUUGGCGACGAUACGAUGAAGGAAGCGUUUGCCAUCCUCGACGCGGAGAAGACGGGGCGAAUUUCCGUUGUCGGGCUCCAAAGUGUGUUCAAGAAUGCCAAAGAAGCUGACUUGAAGGCGAUGGUGGCGAGCGCAGACGUCAAGGGCGACGGCUCCGUGGACUUUGAGGAGUUUAAGCUCAUGUUUGCCCCGGACGCGCCACCGACCAAGCCGUCGCUCGCGACGAUCACUGAAACACCGCCGUCGCCGUCGUCAGCAAUAAACUUUGUCGCGCAGUCGAGCCAAGCGGCGCUACUCGGCGCCGGCGACAGCAGCGUGAUGAGCGAUGCCGCUGUUCCGCUCCAACCUGCAGGUGUUCCUCCUGCCUAGUCGUGGACAGCGAAGGAGACGAAUUUGGGGGUGCGAUGGCUGCUGAUAGAAACCUGCGCGUAAUUUAACAAGUUGGACCAAGAGGUGGUGCCGCGCUGUGCGAUACAGGACAAAUGGACUCGAGACAUUGGACAGGAGUUU